GCGACGCAGGACGUGAUGCGCAGUGCGCCCGCCGCCGGUCGAGACCGCGAUACCGAUCUACGCAUUCCCCGCCUUACCGGCCGAGCUUAGUGGGUUCGCGUCCGGCGCUCUCGAGGGAGGUCCUCGGGCCCCCGAUCCCCAUUGUGCUCGGGCGCGCCCAAGCGCCAGUGGAUGAGCUCCGCGCUCGUCGGCCGCCGUCGGGGACCCUGGGAUCGUGUUUCCGGCUCUACGGGCGACCUUACGACCCGAGCAUCUCGGGCCGUCUCUAGGGUCUGAGUGAUGGCCCUGCGACUACGGAGUGGGAAAGAUGUCAAGAAGAGUUCAUAUUACGUGUGGUAUCUGGGGGCGAGGGAGGCCAAGGGGGUGGACGCCAUGCCCGGUGCCAUCGCUUAUCUCCUGGAACGCGAGUGCCUCCAGGAGCCUUUCAAGGUCACGUUACAGGUCAGCAGCAAGGGGUUGAAGAUCAUCCAGACCGUCCAUCCUGGAGGUUCCACCAGGUCGGCAGUGAAGCAUUUGGUACCGGGACACGCGGUUCUCGCUGCGGUGCAACGAGACGAAGUCGUCGCCGCAACUCUUCUUCUUCCCAACCCUGCCACGAACAACCCGGUGCACGUCCACGCCUACAGGUGCGAUUCGGCGGCGACCGCCGAGAUACUGGGCGGCCAACUGAAGGCGUUGGCCUCCCACUCGGACAACCUGGCGAGAGUUACGUCAACGGAGAACCGAAUUAGGAAUAACCCGGGCAGCGAUGGUCGCAGCACCAGGGAGUCCGAAUCUUCGGAGGGCAGUGGUGAACUCAGGCACGGAAUCGGGCAAACGGCGACCAUCUACGAAUCUCUGGCUGCCGAGUUGAGGGCGAAACUUGGGAGGGGAAAUUGCUCGGAGAACGACGGCGGACCCAUUCUCUUGCCGCCCAGGGACUACGACACCGUUCACCGCCAUCGCGGCAACCUGGCUGGCAUCGAGUUCAGAAGAUGUCUCAAUCAGAACAUCGUGGGUGGUAACACUGCUCUGGACAGGGGUGGGACGAGAAGCGCGGCCAGUAGCGGAAUCGGGUCCGAUAGCGCGGCGACGCCACCCCCUUAUCAGCCCCACCACCCCCUGGGCUCCCGGCCCUCCAGACCCUCCAGAGACUCUUCUUCCGACGAGGACUGGGGAGUACCUGCGGAAGACAACGACUACCUGCCGGAAGGAUCUAACCUGACGCUUCCCAGGGUGGCCAGGAGUCCCGAGAGAAUCCCAACAGUGGCCAGAGGAGUGUCUCCUUCGGGCCAUAAGGGUCGCAGGGCUCCCGAAUUAAGGCAGAGAACUCCAAGUCCGCAAUACCAACCCAGGAUGAAUCCUGCCGACGUCACCAGUCCCAGGGAGAGAUUCCAGGAUGCCAAGGAGAUGUUCCGAGCCAUGGAACGCGAGGUCAUCGCGAGACCUGCCCUCUCAAGGCAGAGAGAAAACCUUGAGAAUCACGGAGUCGGCAGCCGGCUCGACGUGUCCAGGCAAAUUCACGAGGAGUCAUCGGGUAGACAACGGACGUCGAUUUCGAAUUCCGUCCCGAUUCAAGAGCAUCAAAUUCGUCGAAGUCAACCCGAGUUGAUCGAUCGCGAAAACGAAAUGUCAUACAGAGCCAGAUCGAGACCCCGGAUGCACCAAUACGUGACGGAACGUCAACCGGACCCGGAAGCAACGAGGCCUCGACCUCGGAGCUUCUACGAAAGUCCUGCUUCCGUUGGCAGGGACAAUCGAGAGCCUAGAAGUAUUCUGGAAUGCAGAGACAGAGAAACUCGGGAGAUUCGCGAUCGGCAGCAUUUACGAGAGCCGCGGGAAAAGCUGCGAGUGAGAUCGGCAACUUAUCAGGAGCUCGCAGAUCACGAAAGAUAUCCCGGCCUGGACCGAGAAAGCGCAAGACCUGCGUUAGAUAUAAUACCAACACCCGGUAGAUAUCGUCACAGCUACGCCGAACCUCCAAGACUGGGUCUGGCUGCUCUUCAUCCUUACUGAUAUACCUACUCGAUCGUCAUCAGUUAAUUAACCAAGUAAUUAAUUAUUUAAUCAAUGAGCGAUUCGACUGCCUAGCCCAUGUACGUGCCUGCCAAGCUACUUGUCGCUGGCAUUAGGUGCGAUGAUUUAAUCUCGUUACGAGGUACACGUAUCACGCGUCUUCAGCCUUGAAAUGAAACGAGUUCAAGUACCCCGUUAAACGGAAUGGGUAUUGCGCAAUUUAAUUGCGCCGACUGUGACGCUAUUUUUAAUACGCCAAUAAUCUCUAAUGUCGGGAGAUAAUAGAUGGGAAACGUCACUGCCAUUUUUAAAUGAAUAAGAUUCGGUAGUGGUACACCGCAUCGAUCUUGACGUCAUUCUUUGGGACGAUCAAAGCAAGAAUGCCGACAUUUCUUUUAUUUCUUUUCUUCAUUUUAUGAUCGUCUAGAUGCAGCAUAUCAAAGACAACGUAUCAUGACUAUUUUUAACUAAAGAACACUCACCUUGCGAGACACACCUAUGUACGCGUCAAACAACUUGUCCCCAGCAUAAUGCGAGAUGAUUUUAUCAAUGAUGCAGUUUAAGCGGUAUCGCGAAUCAUGGUCAACCUUUGAAAGGAAUGUCCACGGUGAAAGUAUGACAUUGACUAUGGUGUUAUUUUGAGAUGUCGUGAUUUGUCGACGGAGUGUAUACUCGAGGACGUUAAGGAAUCCGGGUAGGGAUCUGGGAAGGAGAUUUGCAAUGACAUUUUUAAUGUAUGACCGUUUCAUGCGCGAGCAUGUUACUUGUCAACGACAUCGAGUAGGACGAUUUUAUCUCGCGGUGCUGGUUACAGGUACCAGAAGUUGUUGCGCAUCCUUAAGGAGAACGUACAUACCGAAAGUACAACAUCAAUUGAGACGAUAUUUUUCACUGCCGAGAAUUGAUGUCUUGUACCCUCAAAUAUGUAUAUAGUUUUUAUAUGUACGUAGGUAUUUGAGGAGUAUACAAUUAGGAACUUCAGAAGUGCGAUUCAUUACCAGUUUUAUAAUAAUUGAAUGUGAACGGUUCAUUGUACAUGUAGGUGUUCGCGCGAAUGGCCGAAAAGGAAAACAUUAUCUUUAUUCGAGAACGAAUUCUGUUGUACCAUUUCGCAAUUGUACAAACGCAUUGUUCUAAAUCAACGCGUCGCAAAAUGUAUGAAUAUUUUAUCAAGGAACUUUUGUACACCACCUAUUGAUAAAAAGGGAAAAUAGGUGACGGAGAACGGAAAAUUCCGGAAAUAUACAAAAUAUGUAUAUCACGCUCUAACUGAGAAAUACAUUUUGUACUAUAGUCUUAUACCGUUUCCGGUGAAAUUGUAAAUAAAAAAUGUCGCAGGAUAUCUCAGUGAAUAGAUAUAUAUAUUUUCUCGGCUCGCCCGUUCACGAACGCUCAGAAAUAGACAUCUCUCACGAACGUCGCUCUAAGAUUAUAUUAUAAAUAAAACGAUUAACACAUAAAGUAACUUUACACUCGUACAGCGACCCGAUUCUUAACAUUACUAAGUUGCGCCGUCCUAGAUAUUUCUACUCAACUACAGGAAUGAUAAGAAAUUUUAACACUGAAUCUCCGCGAUGGAGGGACUCAUUCGCAGUUGAAACUCUACGUUGACAUUCGCUCUGUAUGUGCCAAAUAUUUAAUAAUUUAGCGUACAGUAAUCUUAAGGGUGUAACGAAGCGCCAUAAGAACAAAAUGUUCAACAAUCCCCGUUUUGAAUGGAUCCUUUAAUUCUUAUCGUUGUUUAUUUCCUGACCGUGAUUAACCUGCAAGAGAGUCAACGUUAUUCCGACACUUCGUGUAACAGAACCGAGAUUUACGUUUGAUACUUUACAACGUUAAUCACUUCUUGCUAUCCGCUAAGUCGGCAGUUUUGUCGAGGGACUCGUAAUUAUGCAUAAAUUGCAUACUUAAGAUGUAUCGUUACACUAAUGAAAGUUACAGCGAGUAAGCAUCCGUAUUAAGUGUAGUACUGAAUACGGUCCAGCUUUAUGCAAGUCGGUUCCAACUGUGUCUUCCCAUAGAAAUGUCAAGUACUUCAACACUUACAAGGUGAAUGGAACAAUGUGAUGAUAAAAGCUUUUUAUUAUCUGUAUAUUUAAUAAUAACUGAUAUUUA